AUGAUAGUUUUAUUGACAUUCUUUUAUUUUUUCAGAUCAGCACAUUAAUGCACUUACACUGGCUUUCUCGCCGUAUUUGGAAGUUAUGUAUGUCCUUUUCAAGUAUAAGUAGGCAGUCCAGGUUAAUAAUUGACACUCUCAAUUGCAAUUAAUAGGAUUCUACCAAAGGAAGAAAUACAAUCAGGGAUGAGUUUUUUAUUAACUAAUGAGUGUAUACUAUAAAGAAAGUGUAUUUCUUUAAUUCCAUUCAAAUAAUUCGGUACAGCAUUUAAUCCAGAACUAACUAUAUCAUUAAAUAAAACGGGAAUUAAUUAUUCAAACAUCAUCAAUGGAAGUAUAUAAAAAAUAAGCGGCGAAUAUUCAUCAGAUUUAUUUUAGAUUUCAGAAGAAAUAGAAUAAAAAAUUAGGAUUCCAUUUCUUUUAGUUGAUUCAGUGCGGACUUGGAAUCCUAUUUCAGGAAUACUCAAUUUCGAAAGACAUAAUAUAAACAGUUUAAUACUUUAAGGAUAUUUGCAAAAUUAACUCAAAACACCUAAGUUUGCGAUAACAACUGAAAAUAAAGUAGGAAAGCUUUAUUAUGAUGAAAUACCAAAAUAUUUAAAUAAUGCAAUUGAGAUAAAAACGAAAUCUUCUGAUUUAUGGGAUUUAAAAAUUAUAGGUUUGCUUUUGGAAGAUAAAGAUGUAUUACCUUUAGCUCAUUUCUAUUCAUUAGAAUUUACUUUAUAUCCAUUCACCUAAUUACCCAAAGGGAUAGCUAAUUACCUCUUAAAGAAAUACUCGCAUCUACUCACUAAGCACGAGAACACAGUGAAUUUGUAAGAUUGUGGGCACUGUAGUUGUUUGGAAAAACAUAAUUUUCCUGAUCUGAAAAUUUUUACAGAAAAAGUUAUGAUCACUUUAACACCAAAAUAAUACUUUUCAGUGGAUUAGUAUGCAAAUUUUAUUUGCUAAAUUGUAAUUUCAAUGGAUAAAAUUAUGCUUUCAAGUCAAUUUUAUCAAGAUCAUCCUACUAUUUUUAAUACAAAAAAUGGAUCUGUAGCCAUUUUUAACAUUUUGGUAAUAUAAGCAGAAGCCAAAAAGCUUAAAAGAUUCCUCUAAAUAUCUUCACUUAAGAGAGCGAGAAAUCUAAUUAGAUUUUAAGUAAACUAAUUGAAGACCAAUAUUCUUUGA